CCCUCCUCCCCCCCGCCCGCUCCAAAACCUCUUCGCCGGUCCCCGCCGCCACCGCCGGCGGCCAUGGCGUACCUCCCGCCCCACAAGCGCCACCCCAGCUCCACCGCAUCCGCGCCCACCCCGAAUCCGCCCCCUCCAUCCCUCUCCUCCUCCCUCCGCUCGCUCUCCCUCUCCUCCCCGCGCGGCCGCGGCCGCGGCACCGGCGGGCGCCACUCGCGCCCUUCCAACAAGAUCAUCCACGCCACUGGCUGCGUAUCCCGCUGGUCCCCUCUCCCGCCCUUCUCCCCUGGCCCCGAAGACAGCGACGGCGAUGGCGGCGGUGAGGAGCCCACCCUCCGCCUCGAGUCCUUCCCCUGCGACCCCAUCGAGCGCAAGACCGGCGCCAAGCCCCUCGCCCUCGUCGCGUCCUCCCCAGGACAGGGCUCCUCCGGCUCCACGGAGGCCGCGGUCACCGCCAUCGCCGAGAGGUUCUUGCCCGACCUCCUCGCCGCCGCGGAGAGGGCCAAGGCGAGCUACGUGCCCAAUGAGGAAGAGUUGGUGAAGCAGAGUCUCGUGGCCAGGGUGGGAAAGGUGCUCUUCCAGUCCCAGCCAGGUGGAUCGCCCGUCUCAUUGGACACACUACGCAAGGCCGCGGAAGCAGGGGAAUAUGGUUCCAAGAGCAAGUUGCAUAAAUCGUUCUACACGAAUGUGCCUAGUGAGUAUCUAGAUGAUAUGGAGCAAUCGGUGGUGAAGAGGAUGGGGCUGGAGUUUGAUUCGUCCAAGGAGCACUACCAUGUGAAGGUGUUUGACAAGCACCAAAGUGACUCUACAAUAUCUUGCAAAUGCACCGUGGAAGAAGACGGGAGCCUUGUUAUCCAUAAGGUUGAAUGGAAUCAGGUACGCCACUUGGUGGAAGACAUUUCCUGUCUUUUCAAAGGUCUUGAUCUCAGGCUGAUGUUAUGUACAAAAAGGAUCCUGAAAACCCCAGAUUCUGAAGUGGAAAAUGCUUUAAAGAGCUUGGUGUCUUCUGCUGUUAUUGAUCCUGAUGUGAAAGGGGGACUUCGAUGGCCACUAGGGAAAGAGUCCAUUGGGGAGAGGUUCAGCAUAGUUGGGGUGUGGCACACGAACUAUAAGGCUUUCAGAAGUGAAACCCUGAGGCUCAAGUUGAGGCAUGCUGACCGAUUUGAUCACCGGAGCUCAACUGGUGAAGUUUCCAAUGAAGUUACCUUCAAACUAAUCGGCAUGUCUCGUAGACUGGAGGAUGUUGAUCCGGACGAAGCCUCUCUGAAGGAGAUGCUGGAGUCUGCGGUUAAAAUGGUCUGGGACAAUGCUUUGGACUACAAGAUUGCGCCUUGAUCGUUGACAAGUAAAUGAUUCGAUGGAGAAGCUUGACUGUGUCUUGGAGCUGCAACGGGGGUUGAUUUCUUUCAGCCCUUCUGUAUAUAUAUCUUUGGUUCAUGGUAUGUGAUGGUGGGACCCGAUCACUGUACGGGAAUCGGAUGGUUGACGCUACUUGUAAGUUGCAACUUCAGACCCCUGUUCAAGCUUGGCCCUCCGUACGCUACCUGUCGUUGUAGAUCUUGCAAAAUUCAGGGAUUAGCAAAGAUGAGACAAGAGAAGCAAUAGAAAGAGGACGGGGAACGAAUAAGCUUAGCUUCGUUGGAACACACAUGUUUUUUCCUUUCA